GCCGAGCCGCAGAUGGUCCUGGCCAGGCUCCUGACGGUGCUGGGCUCGGCGGCGGCGCUGACCCUGCUGCAGAGCUCCCUGAAGUGGCGCCGGAGCCUCCUCGUCUUGGUCUUCUCCAGCCUGGUGUGGCUGGUGUCGCUCACCAGCCUUCCCUCGCUCCCCCCGGCCCUCAGACCGCUGCUGGCAGGCUCGGUCGGGGUGGCUGGCUGCCUCCUGGCACUCUGCGGCGGGGAGCACGGCAUCUUCUCGGCUCAGAGCCGAGGAGCGCACCACCAGCAUCAUCACCACCCACGGCUCCCCAGCGCGGAGGAAAAAGUGCCUGUGAUCAGACCCAGGAGGAGAUCGAGCUGCGUGUCCUUAGGAGAAACGUCGGCCAGCUACUACGGCAGCUGCAAAAUGUUUAGGAGACCCUCGCUGCCUUGCAUUUCCAGAGAGCAGAUGAUACUUUGGGAUUGGGAUUUGAAGCAAUGGUACAAGCCCUAUUACCAGAAUGCUGGCAGUGGAAAUGGAGUUGAUCUCUCAGUACUAAAUGAGGCUCGGAGCAUGCUAACAGACCUCCUGACUGACCCGUCCCUCCCACCACAAGUGAUUUCUUCCCUUCGAAGCAUUAAUAGUUUGAUUGGGGCUUUCUCAGGCACAUGCAGGCCAAAGGCUAGUCCGUUCACACCAUUUCCUGGUUUCUUUCCCUGUCCUGAAGUAGAGGAUCCUGCUGAAAAAGGAGACCGAAAGCUGCUCAAGGGAUUAAAUAGCAGGAAUAGCCUGCCAACACCACAGCUGAGACGAGCUUCAGGAGUUUCUGGAAUUCCACCUAUAGAAUCAACAACAUCAUCUAGAUGGGAAAGGAGUAACAGCAAGAGAUCUCAUCAGGAAUGUAAUACAUCAAGCCAAGGAUCUCAUUCAAAUGGGUCAUUUGGUGCAAACCUGCUGACAAUACCAAAACAAAGAUCAUCUUCUAUGACACUGACUCAUCAUAUAGGUCCCAGGCGAGCAGGUGCUUCUCCUGGUCUGAGUCCUGUGGGUUCACCUAGUCACGGAUCUGUCUCCAGUGGGGCUUUCAGCAGCUGGUCACCUGUAGAAUUUCCUGAUACUGCUGAUUUUCUUACAAAACCAAGCAUUAAUAUACAUAAGCCUCCAGGAUACACACUUACUUCUCCAGACUUUCAGCAGCAAGUUAAAACACCUGUAGGUUAUAUGUGUAGCAGCUGUGGACGUCAGAUACUCAAGCCUGUUUCAACACCAGAACCAGAAUUUGCAGAAUAUAAAGACAGAAGAUCAGGUGAAAUUGGAAGUGCUAGUGUUCCAAAAGAAUCUUUCCACCAUACGGAGAAGAAAAAAGAUGAAAGGAAGGAAAUGAUCGAUCAGACACAAAAUAAUCUGCUUGUAGAGCAGAGUCCUGCAUUAGAAAGGUUAUUUGACCAUAAUUCACUAAUGGAGAAGAUGAACAAUUGGAAUUUCCAAAUUUUUGACCUUGUGCAAGAAAUGGGAGACCAGUCUGGAAGGAUCCUUAGCCAGGUAACUUAUACCUUGUUUCAAGACACUGGUUUGUUUGAAAUUUUCAAAAUCCCAACUCAAGAAUUCAUGAAUUACUUCUGUGCACUAGAAAAUGGCUACCGAGAUAUUCCUUAUCACAAUCGCAUACAUGCCACAGAUGUUCUUCAUGCAGUAUGGUAUCUGACAACACGGCCUAUUCCUGGAUUUCAGCAAGUUCAUAAUGAGCAUAUAAUGGAAAGUGAUAUGGAUGAAGCCAGUGGUAUUGCCCCUGUUAAAGUCAGCUAUAUUUCUUCAAAAAGUUGUUCCAUUGCUGAUGACAGUUAUGGUUGUCUGGCGUCAAACAUUCCUGCUUUGGAAUUGAUGGCUUUAUAUGUAGCAGCUGCCAUGCAUGAUUAUGAUCAUCCUGGUCGUACAAAUGCUUUUCUAGUGGCUACAAAUGCACCUCAGGCUGUUCUCUACAAUGACAGAUCAGUCUUGGAAAAUCACCAUGCUGCUUCUGCCUGGAAUCUUUUCUUAUCACGACCUGAAUACAACUUUUUAUCAAAUCUUGAUCAUGUAGAAUUCAAGCGUUUUCGUUUCUUAGUGAUUGAAGCAAUCCUUGCCACAGAUCUCAAGAAGCAUUUUGAUUUCCUUGCAGAAUUUAAUGCCAAGGUCAGUGAUAUCAACAGUCAUGGUAUAGAAUGGAGCAAUGAAAAUGAUCGCCUGCUGGCCUGUCAAAUAUGCAUCAAGCUGGCAGAUAUUAAUGGCCCAGCAAAAGAUAGAGAGCUGCAUCUGAAGUGGACAGAAGGCAUUGUUAAUGAAUUUUAUGAACAGGGUGAUGAAGAAUCAAGUCUUGGAUUACCUAUAAGUCCCUUCAUGGAUCGUUCUUCUCCACAGCUUGCAAAAUUGCAAGAAUCUUUCAUCACUCACAUAGUUGGCCCCCUUUGUAAUUCCUAUAAUGCAGCUGGGUUGCUUCCAGGGCAAUGGGUUGAGGAAGAGGAGGAGGAUGCAGAAAGCACUGAAGAUGAUGAUGGAGCACAGUUAGAGAGUGAUGAUGAAGAAAUGGAAGAUGAUCUUAUUUUAAAAGCUCAAACAAAAAAAGGUAGACGAAUAUUUUGCCAGCUAAUACACCACCUCAGUGAAAAUCACAAAAUAUGGAAAAAAGCGAUUGAAGAGGAAGAAAAAAAUAAAGCUGAAGGAGCUAAACUGCUGAAUGAGAUCUCAUCUUUACCUCAAGCAGAUGAAAUUCAGGUUAUUGAGGAAGCUGAUGAAGAAGAUGAGCGACAACUAGGAGAAGACAAGACAUGCUAAGAAAACUUCAGUGGUUUCCAGUAUGAUAAUAGCCUAUUUUUUUUUCCACUGUGCUGACUUUAGCCUGACACAGUUCACAUAAAAUUGAAAGGCCUUAAUACUGUGAGAGGAUUCUUUCUACUCUAGUGGAAUCCCACUCCUAUGCACUUUCUCCACACAGAAUAUGAAACUUUAUUCAAAGAUUGAGUAUUGUAUAACCCGAUGCAAAGUUCUUUAUGCCUUAGUUGGUAUAAAAUAUCCUGAUAUAAUGCUGCCUUGCUGAAUAUGGAACUCUUAUUUUCCUUGAGGUACCUGCAAUUUUUAAAAACAUUCAGUGACUUUGAUUACCAAAGUGGCAAGAACUUUUUACUAACAAGGAAAUGUGGGAGGAAUCCGAAUAUUGUCUUGAGUUGUUUAUUUCAUGUUGUUUUUGAACAUGAACGAGAAAAAGUCUGUGCCUAUAUGAAAAUUAUGUUACUGUUGCAGUGCAAGCCUGUUGUGGGGUGUCUACUUAGUGCAGUAGUGUGCUUAAUGUAGCCAUCUCAGAGCAACUGUUCAAAGACUGUGACAUAAAUGCUGAAUUCUGAUAUUUGUGGUUUAAAAAAGAAAAGAAAAUCCAGGUGCAUCUA